CAGGGGGAGCCAGGUUUCUUCAAUCCGAGUGAUGCGAAAAGGCAUUUGCUAUGCGAUGCUUAGGGGGAAGGCUUCCACGAGUCCGGAAUCUCGUUGUCUAUGCAGUCAUUUGACCCAGGGUGGUGAGGAGAAGCCUGAGUCGAGAGAAGUUAGAUAGGCAUGAGCGCACAAUUAUUUUUAUUUUUUAUACAUUUACCCUCUGGUCUAUCGGACAGUUAAAUCAUAGUAAAGGAAUAUUUGAGCCGGUUUGCUUUUUCUUCGUGAGUAAAAUGGAUUUAUGAUAAAAGACGAACGGAUUUUCUAUCGAUUCUAAAAUCUAUUAGAACUGGAGUAGGCGAAAUUUGUGACAAAAGUACAACUAGACUCAAUCAUAUUUUAUUGUAGCCGAUGUAGGCCUAUGCUAAAUGUUUUCCUCUUUCUACGUAGCUACUGACAUUUUGAGUUCUAUGAUCUGGGAUUGGGGCACGCUUUUCUCAGGAGCGAUUUUUCUCUUGAUGCCUUGCGGAUUUUAUUUUAUUUUAGGCAAGUAGGGUAAACGUGGGUAAAGGCAAAUCUCUUCUAAAAGUUUCCUCUUGAUAUUGGAGCGUCUUUACGGGCUAAAGUUAACGACGUUGGAUAUUCAAGCUUUUGUAAAGUUUUAACAUCAAAUCUCGCACUCUGAGUACGACAUUUUUCUACGCUGGCUGUUUCGUCGACCCUCAAGAAGGUUGGCACAGUGAAUGGCUCAGUGCUGAUUCCCCAGCGGUCCCGAUGGCAUUCCAUUCACAGAGCAAUCAACAGCUGUAGCGGCCCUCACAGGAUGUUGGCGGUGCGGAGUACGCUGGUGGUUCUGGCCUUGCUUGCCCACAUUUUACCAUCCCAGGCCCGGCCUGCCAUCCCUGAUGAAGUCAUCCCUGUGCCACCUGUGGAAUUCCAAGCAGAGCGCUACACCCUUUACCCUGGGGACCGACUGGAGCUGAGCUGUAAAACCGAGUCAGUCAAUUGGACCAAGGACCAUGCAGUGGUGGUGGACGGGGAGCACACACGCUUACGAGACGGCCAGCUGGAGAUCGAGGGGGUGGAGCCGGCUGACUCUGGCCUGUACACCUGCGUCACCUUUGGCAACCACAGCUCUUACUUCUCUGUCAAUGUCACAGUUGAUAUCCUGGCAUCCUCUGAAGAUGAAGACGAGGAGGAUGAGUCUUCCUCAGAGGAGGCAAAGAUGUCGAGCAGUCAAAAGCUUUUACCAAUGGCCCCUCAGUGGGCUCAGCCCGAGAAGAUGGAGAAAAAGCUGCAUGCUGUCCCAGCCAGUAAGACGGUCAAAUUCCGCUGCCAGGCCAGUGGAAACCCCACCCCAACACUCAAGUGGUUCAAGAACAGCAAGGAAUUCAAGAGGGAUCAGCGCAUCGGGGGCUUCAAGGUUCGAGAACACAUGUGGACCAUCAUCAUGGAGUCAGUGGUGCCAUCUGACAAGGGGAACUACACCUGUGUAGUUGAAAACAAACAUGGAAGCAUCAACCACACUUACCAGCUGGAUGUUGUUGAGCGUUCCCCACACAGACCCAUCCUGCAGGCCGGACUGCCAGCCAAUCUCACUGCGGUGGUGGGCAGUGAUGUGGCGUUUGAGUGUAAGGUGUUCAGCGACCCCCAGCCUCACAUCCAGUGGCUGAAGCACAUCGAGGUCAAUGGGAGUCGCGUUGGUCCUGAUGGCUUACCCUACGUCCGUGUCCUCAAGCACUCUGGGGUCAAUAGCUCGGACACUCAGGUGUUGACCCUCUACAAUGUCACUGAGGAGGAGAGCGGGGAGUAUAUAUGUAAAGUGUCCAAUUAUAUAGGAGAGGCCAAUCAGUCGGCCUGGCUGACCAUCGUCAGGCAUGAGGCCCAAGCAGUCCCCCGCUCCCCACCACCCAACCAAACCUACCUGGAAGUGCUGAUCUACUGUGUGGGCUUCUUCCUCAUUGCUGUCAUGGUGGCUGUGGCCAUCAUCAUCAAGAUGCGCACCUCGUCCAAGAAAAGUGACUUCAACAGUCAGCUGGCUGUCCACAAGCUGGCUAAAAGCAUCCCCCUGCGCAGACAGGUAACAGUGUCAGUGGACUCUAGCUCCUCCCUCCACUCCGGGGUGAUGUUGGUGCGCCCCUCCCGCCUCUCGUCCAGCGGCUCUCCUAUGCUGUCUGGGGUGUCUGAGUACGAGCUGCCCCAGGACCCACGCUGGGAGUUGCCCAGAGACAGACUGGUGCUUGGGAAGCCCCUGGGAGAAGGCUGCUUUGGCCAGGUGGUGAUGGGAGAGGCUUUAGGGAUGGACAAAGAGAAGCCAAACAGGGUCACCAAAGUGGCCGUCAAGAUGCUCAAAUCUGAUGCUACAGAGAAAGACCUGUCAGAUCUGAUCUCCGAGAUGGAGAUGAUGAAGAUCAUUGGGAAGCACAAGAACAUCAUUAAUCUGCUGGGAGCCUGUACCCAGGAUGGCCCUCUCUAUGUUAUUGUGGAGUAUGCCUCCAAGGGAAACCUCCGGGAGUACCUGAGAGCUCGGCGGCCACCAGGCAUGGAGUACUGCUACAACCCUGACCAGGUGCCCAUAGAGAACAUGUCUAUCAAAGACCUGGUGUCCUGUGCCUACCAGGUGGCCCGCGGCAUGGAGUACCUGUCCUCUAAGAAGGUAACAUCAGGAUCCGACUCUACCUACAUCAGCACAUGUAUCCACCGAGACCUUGCUGCCCGCAACGUGCUGGUGACAGAGGACAACGUAAUGAAGAUCGCAGAUUUUGGCCUGGCCAGAGAUAUCCACCAUAUUGAUUACUAUAAGAAGACCACCAAUGGUCGUUUACCAGUCAAGUGGAUGGCCCCAGAAGCUCUAUUUGACAGGAUAUACACGCACCAAAGUGAUGUAUGGUCUUUUGGGGUGCUGCUGUGGGAGAUCUUCACCCUGGGGGGCUCGCCGUACCCGGGGGUCCCUGUAGAAGAGCUGUUCAAGCUGCUGAAGGAGGGCCACCGCAUGGACAAGCCCUCCACCUGCACUCACGAACUAUACAUGAUGAUGAGGGACUGCUGGCAUGCCGUUCCCUCUCACCGGCCCACAUUCAAACAGCUGGUGGAAGACCUGGACCGCACCCUGGCCAUGACGUCCAACCAGGAGUACUUGGAGCUGUCUGUGCCUCUGGACCAGUAUUCCCCCAGCUACCCUGACACUCGCAGCUCCACCUGUUCCUCUGGCGAGGACUCUGUCUUCUCCCACGAUGCUGGGGCUGAGGAGCCCUGCCUGCCAAAGUUACCUCCCCAUUCCAACGGGGUGGCCCUCAAGAAGCGCUGAUACCUCACUCCCCUCAAACACCCUGACAUUCCUCUUACUGUCGUUCCUUCUCUGCACCACUGGCCUGGUAUGAACUCUCCCAACCCUCCCAGAGACUAGGCAAAACACUGGUGGAGAGUGGGACAAAGCUUAAUUCUGAAACUUUUAAACGUACCGUUUGGGCAUCAAGGACUCAAGGCUGCAGCAGUUUCUUGGCUCGUGAUUGAAGUGGAUAUGUUUUCGGGGCACUUUGUAUUGCUGGGAUUGUCUUUCUUUUUGUGUCAAACGGUGCAUGAGAAGGAAAGACUAAUUUCUCCACUUUGGGCAUUCCAUGGAACAAGAUAAACAGACCGUACUAAACUGAAAGAAUUAUGAAUUGGAUGGAUCUGAGUUAGGAUUAUGUCUGUUGUAUUUUUCCAAUGUUCAUCAAUAAUAAAUGAAAUUAUUUUGCUUUUAAGACCAAAUCCAGAGAAUAUAUUAACAUGGGACAGUCAUACAGUGCCUUCAGAAAGUGUUCACACCUCUUGACCUUUUCAAAAUGUUGUUGUUACAAAGUGGGAUUAAAAUCGAUUGAAUUAUCAUUUAUUGUCAACGAUUUAUACAAAAUAGUCAUAUCUAGGUGGAAGAAAAAUAUUAUGGAAAAAUAUGAACAAUAAAACACUAAUAUACCUUGAUUAGAUAAGUAUUUGUAUUCCUGAGUCAAUACAUGUUGUAAUCAAACUUGGCAGUGAUUCCAACUGUUAGUCUUUCCUGGAUUGUAAAAUAUCUGCCCAUUAUUCUUAAAAAUGUUCUUCGUGGUCAUUCCUAGACAGUCAUUUUCAAGUCUUGCCAUAGAUUUUCAAGCCAAUUUAAGUCAAAACUGUAACUAGGCCACUCAGAAACAUUCAAUGUCAUCUUGGACAGUGUACUCCAGUGUAUUUUUGGCCUUGUGUUUUAUAUUAUUGUCCUGCUGAAAGGUGAAUUUGUCUCCCAGUGUCUGUUGGAAAGCAGACUGAACCAGAUUUCCCUCUAGGAUUUUGCCUGUGCUUAUUUUUAUCCCCCCCAAAAAGCUCUAUUCCUUGCCGAUGACAAGCAUACCCAUAACACGAUGCAGCCACCACCGUGCUUGAAAAUAUGAAGAGUGGUACUCCAUGAUGUGUUGGCUUUGCCAUAAACAUAACACUUUGUAUUCAGGACAUAACGUUGAAUUCUUUUACAUUUUUUUGCAGUUUUACUUGCAUGCAUGUUAUGGAAUAUUUUUCUACCUUUAUUUUAACUAGGCAAGUCAGUUAAGAACAAAUUCUUAUUUACAAUGACGGCCUAGGAACAUGACGGCAGAACAGGGGCAGAACAACAUAUUUUUAAUUUAUUAGCUCGGGGAUUUGAUCUAACAACCUUUCAGUUACUGGCCCAAUGCUUUAACCACUAGUCUACCUGCCUCCCCAGUUACAGGCUUCCUUCUUUUCACUCUGUCAUUUAGGUUAGUAUUGUGGAGUAACUACAAUGUUAUUGAUCCUCAGUUUUCUCCUAUCACAGCCAUUAAACUCUGUAACUGUUUUAAAGUCUCUUUUGGCCUCAUGGUGAAAUCCCUUUACGGCAACUGAGUAAGGAAAGACGUCUGUAUCUUUGUAGUGAUACACCAUCCAAAGUGUAAUUAAUAACUUCACCAUGCUCAAAGGGAUAUUCAAUGUCUGCUUUUUUAUUUUUACCCAUCUAGCAAUAGGUGCCCUUUGCGAGGCAUUGGAAAACCUUCCUGUUCUUUGUGGUUGAAUCUGUGUUUGAAAUUCACUGCUCGACUGAGGGACCGUACAGAUUAUUGUAUGUGUGGCGUACAGAGAUGAGGUAGACAUAAAAAAAAGCAUGUUAAAACACUUAUUGCUACUUAUUAUAUGACUUAUAAAGCAAAUGUUUACUCCAAGACUGUAGGCUUGCCAUAACAAAGGGGUUGAAUACUUAUUGAUUCAAAACAUGUCAGCUUUUCAUUUAUUUAACUUGACAUUAUGAGGUAUUCUGUUUAGGCCAGUGACACAAUCUCAAUUUAAUGUAUUUUAAAUUCAGGCUGUAACACAACAAAAUGUGGAAAAGGUCCAGGGGUGUAAAUACUUUCUGAAGGCACUCUACCUUGUAUAUGUUGGUGCAGUGGUCAGUUAUUUCAUUCAUAUUACAAUCUCCUUGUAAAUACAGUUAAAUUUAUAAAUAUGAAUAUAUAUUUACACAGCACUCUUUAUUUUUAUUACCAUGUUUUUUAUUUUCUUUUUGUACAAGGAAGCUUAUGUUUGAUCCAUUUGAGUAUAGUCCAUAAGGGGAGUUGCUACAUGAAAAUAACUAUAAAUUGUAUUAAAUAUUACUUGGCCAGUUUUUGCUAUUUCUACAUUUGUCAGCUUUGCUUUUUUUUUUUUUUUACCAUUAAUCAAUUGGCUGCUUAACCACUAGUGGAAACAUAUGUAUUUUCUAUCAAUCUUUUCAGGUCCAAAUGGUUUUUCAUGACAACCUGCAAUACAGCGUUAUUCUUAGCUCAAUGUCUGCAGUUGGUGUCGAUCAGAGACACCAGCAAUGUUCCUUUUACCAAACUCCAUGCUGUAGUUGUGCGUGCAUACAUAUGUUUAAUGUCUGAAGUGUAUGCUUGUGUACUUUGUACGUUGUGGGAGUGUGCGUGUGAGGGUUUAGUCUUUUAUGUACCUCUUCCCAUUCAUGAUCUGUCGUUUAUUUUAAGUAUGAUCACAACUGUAAAGAUUUCUAGUUGUUAACCAUGCUUAUUAAAAAGAACCAGAAUUCUAUGCUUUAGAUAACACCAUGCACUUUCAUUGUGCAUGCCUGCCAUGUAAUGACCGUAUCCUCUUCAUGCUUUAAACAGGAGGUCCGUUUGUUUUCAGGGAUCUUCUAAUAAAGGUUUGCAGAGGA